AUGAGGAACCAAAAAGUGCACUCCGAGCAGAGGGAACAGCCAGUGAAAAGGCCCUGCAGCAGAGGCUUCCCGGGGGACCCCCUCUUCCUGGAUAAACAAACCCAGCUGGCUUCCAUUUUCCUCCAGGAAGGAAAGGGGGAGUCUCCGGCCUGGGAUGCCCAGGGACAAGAUCCAAAUCUGCAGUCACCCUGCCUAGAACUCCAGUCACAUGCAUGGCCAUGCCACAACACAGGGACGCCUCAGGACCUCCUGAAAAGUUCCUGCAGUGACCUGAGGGGCAUCCGUAGCAGUGAGAGCGAUGUGUCCAGCAUGAGACAUCUCAGCCCUGGGAAAUGCAGUAGUAUCAGCCUGGCGAGCAGCGGGUACGUGGGGGAUAAGGAGAACAGCGAGGUCAGCUUGGUGGGCAGCGGUCGAGUCUCAAGGUUGAGUAGAGGGCUCGGCAACCAGGCAGGCAGCACCCAGACCAACCAUCUGUGUGCCACCUACUCCUCCGUCCAGUUAAAGGGCCGGCAGACCGGCCAAGCCAAUAGCUGCAAGCAGACUGGAGGGGAAAAGUGAGACCAGCCUGCCAGGCAGCAGCACCAGCAGCAGAGAGAGCAGCCUGACCAGCAUCAGCUUCAUCAGCCAGGGCAGCAGUGCCCUCACCUACCAGGUGAGCAGUGGGCUGGUCAG